AUGUCGUACGCGUACCUUUUCAAGUACAUCAUCAUCGGAGAUACUGGUGGGUGCCUGAAAACUACCUCGCUUGUUGUCCUGAAAUAUUUCCUGGCGUUCAAUUUGGUUGCUAGUCGUUUCCAAUUUUUUAUCAGUUUUCUCUCUUGUUUAUUGUGCGACUAUUUCUUUGCGUUAAUUCGGCACUUUGUUGGAAUGCUGAUUCUUUUUGGUUUCGACGGUGUCGUACUGGAGUGUCUAAGGUAUUUAUUUUUCUGUGGUGGCAAUUUGUUUUGGAUUUAUCUUUCGUUCAUUCAAGUUCGUUGCAAGGUCUUUAUUUGCUAUGUAGAUUCGUCUCGCAAAUGGAAGUGUUACGGAUAUUGACCUGGCUUUAAUUUUGAAGAAGAGAUGUUUGUAUUUCUUUUCCUCUGGAUUUCCCUAUUAUGAAGGGUGGCCAUCGCGUUGCAGUUUCCUGGUUGGCUGUACUUUUGAUGGCAUUUGCCCAUAUAAAUAAAAUGUACCCUUUUAAACCUGUAUCUGUGCCUCAUUUAAUGUUUUUGAAAGAAUUUUCAGAUUGGAAAAGGUCCACUGCUGCUAACUUCCGCUGCUUGGCCCCCUCAUCCUGUGUAUUUUUCGAAACAUUUGUCCUGAUUCAUUGGAUCUUUAAUUUUUUUCAUCUAAUAUCCUACUGACGUUGAUAAUUCAUUAAUUUUUAUAAUAAAAUGCUGCCAUAAGUCGACGUUUCUUAUUUCGUCUCCUUUCUCAGUUCCAUUUCUGUAAAGGCAUUUGUCUUUAUACUUCAUUUUCCUCUCGUGUGUACAACAACAUACUUUCCUACAGUGCAUUUCUUUUGUUAAUUGGAAUAUAAAGCACCUGUAUAUCAUUCAUUUUUUUGCCAAUCAUGCGAUUGAACUUUCAUCAUUGUAGUUGUUAGAACCUCUGCUUUUAAUUCCUUAAGCAUCAAUUUUUAUUUAAUUAGAAUUUUUUAGCAUAUAUCCAUUUAUUAUGUUUUUCAGGAGUUGGGAAAUCAUGUCUUCUUCUGCAAUUUACUGACAAGCGUUUCCAGCCAGUGCAUGAUUUAACAAUUGGUGUGGAGUUUGGGGCGAGAAUGAUUACAAUUGAUAACAAACCUAUAAAGCUGCAGAUAUGGGACACGGUUCGUUACAUGCUAAUUAUUUUUCAUGUGUUUUUACACGUUAUUUUUUUAUUAUUCUUGUUACCCCGAUGGACCCUAUUUCCUUGAAGUUUGAACCACUUCUUGUCUUGAAAUGUUUUCCUUUCAAUAAACUUAUAAUUCUGAACGUCUACUGAAGUUUCAUUUGUUGAAAUCAUGGAGGCUGAAGCUUGUGGUUGAUUUUUCUCCCUUUGUCUCCUAAAAUUUCUCUUCUUCAAUGCCAACAUAGUUUUUCUACGAAAAAUACAUGAUUUGACAAUUUUUAGUUUUUUAUUUCAUGACUUGGAAACACACAUUUCUUCUUCCUGAAAUACAGGGUGUAGUUUUUUUAUAAACUAAAUCACUUCUUAACCUUUGAACGUACUUUUAUCUUGAUGCAAAUAAUUAGUUUUUUUAUUUUUCAUUUCUCUUGCGUUCUUGUACCUGUACAAUAAUUCUUGAAUCAACAUUUAUCUUGUACUUGUUGUGUAGGAAGUAUCUGCAGAUUAUAAGACAAUUCAGUCAGAAUCAUAACUGAUUCAUUUCUCCCCUAUGUAUUACUUCCAAUGCAGUUUAUUUUAAUUGGAUAUCUUUUAUCUUGGAGUACACUUUUAAAAAAUAUAUAUUGUGUUGUGAUGGAUGUUUGAUUACGUAUUUGGUUCUCAUUCAAUUAAAUGUUAGGCAACUAUUGAAUGUGGACAGUAUAACUUUAAAGGGAUAGCUUGGUGUCCUUGAAAGUGCUCAAAAGUUUAGACUCGCUAACAAGAAGAUGAUGAUUUUCAUUUGAUUGUUUCGAAGGGGAAUAAUAAAUGGAGUUUUAUGCCAAUGAGAACGGCUCCUCUGGUUUGGUGCGGACCAUGACACUAAAGGACACCAUAUACAGUAACCCACAUCAUUCACUUCCAAUUGUUUUGAAGAAAUAUGAUUGGCCUUCUUGAGGAUCCAAAACUAAUAGGAAGCAAACUUGAACUUGCUGUAGGAUGUACACUCUUGUUUGUUGAUCUAGAAUGUCUUCCUUGCCAUUUGUCGGUUUUUCAUAUCUUUGAUCAUCCCUCCAGUGACAUUGAUAUCCGUUGACCUAAUCUGAUUAGUCAAAGAAUUUGAUUUCGAUCUCGAAUCAGCCUAAUUUCUGUUAUAUUUGGAGCAAAUGUUGAAAAUACUUGCAAACAGACGAAAAGAGCGUGUGCAGAGGCUAACGUUGGAGAACACAUCAUGUGUUAUAUCUUCAUGUAUAAACUUAGUUUCCUGAUUAAAGGUGAUUGCGAUUGCGAUUUCGAUGAAAUAUAAUACUUGCAGUUAUAAAUUUCCUGCUGACGUUUUCUGUCAAGACCUUUCAGAUAAUAUGUGGAUAACAAUUUCAUUGUCAGUGGCAGAAAGUUUCCAGCUGGAAUCUUUCUCCCUGUGCAUUUUUUUUGGUAAUUACCUUCAAUUUCCGUGGCAAAUAUACAAGUUUAGUUUGGUUUAAUCAACUCCAGUGAGUUAGCUAAGUCCGUCCUAAAAUGGCGGAACAUUCCAGGAAGGUUUUUAUUUUCUAAGGAAAAAUGCAAAGCGAGCUUCUCCACUGCUUUGUGGGUGGGUGGAUGGUUGUUUGCAAAAUUUUGAUUUUCUCUGGGUUAGCGUAGCUACCAAGAUUUUCUAACUCAGUGGAAUUUUAUAACGUUAUUAUUGCUUCCUUUCUUCCCCAUUUCUGAGCACUUAGUUUACUGCCACUGACGUCUGAUUGUUAGCUUCAGAUGCAACCAAUUUCUAUCAUGAUUUUGUUUUCUGAUUCUUAUAACUUUUGUGAUCAGGUAUUCUAUGUGCUCCCUGAAAGUUCUUAAAUGCUCUGUAGCAUAAUUUAUUUUUUCCUUAUCACAUUGUUAAUCAGUUGAUUCUUGUGCCAUGGAACACUUGCUUAUUGAUCCCUAGUUAACCAAAAAUAUUGAUAGCUAUGAUACCUGAUGCUCUUCUUGACCCUUAUCACCUUCUGAUCUUUGUAAUAUUUAUUAUGCCCCAGGCUGGUCAGGAAUCUUUUCGAUCCAUUACAAGAUCUUACUAUAGAGGGGCUGCUGGUGCACUCUUAGUUUAUGACAUCACAAGGUAUUUGUUGUACCUUCAUGCAAUUGAGAUUCUUAAAAAUUUAUCUUUGCUGUACAUGGGAAUUCAUUGGGUUUGGCAUUCAUCCUUGUUCGAAUGGAUAAAAUUUAAUGUCUUCUGAAAAAAUUAUUUUCCGGGACAUUUAAAUUCUUGAGUCUUUGAUGAUAGAAUCAUUUGUCUGGUUAGUGUAUUGUAAAAGGUCUUCCACCUAUAAUCUACCUUUCCAUGUUGCACUCUCAUCAUCGACAGUUCUAUCAUCAGUGCUUAUAACAGUCAUUUGUCACCCAUUGUAAAUAUUGUUGUACUUCAGAGUCACUUUGACCUCUCAGAUUUCGUCAAAAUAAAGUCUAGUAAAAAGUUUUGUGUUAUUAUCUGAUAUAAUGCAAACCCAUCAACCAGGGUAAAAUUUACUUUUCUCUUUUUGUUUGUUUACUCAGCUUGUAGACCACAGAUCUUUAUCGGAACAUUCUAGAAGAAGAGAAAUUAGUCUACUCAAGAUAUUUCAUAUUCUACUGUCUGUCCUAUUGGUGGUUUAAUAUGGUGGAAAUGUUUAAGUUUUAUUCCCGGUUGACUUCCUACAUAUCUUCAGUCGUUGCAGCCAGUUGAAUACUAUUGCUUCAUCCUUCAGCCCUUCCUGGUUUCUUGAUGCCACUUGUUGUCAUAAGAAACAUGGAUUGGAACUGUCCUAGUUUACUUGAUGAUUGAAGAAUAAUUUGUUUACUGGGUUUGGUUCAAACUGAUGCACUCAGGCUCUCAGAUAAUUUAGUAAAAGUUAUCCUUAUCAUGCAUGUGCAUCAUGCAUUGGGUUCCAAUUCCCCAUUUACCACCUGUGGACUCGUGCACUCAAUCCUUUUUGUAAACCAAAAUUUUCAGGAGGGAGACAUUUAACCAUCUUGCAAGCUGGCUGGAAGAUGCUAGACAACAUGCAAAUGCAAACAUGACAAUCAUGCUGAUUGGGAACAAAUGCGAUCUUGCCCAUAGAAGAGCUGUCAGUACCGAAGAAGGGGAACGCUUUGCCAAGGAAAAUGGAUUGAUCUUUAUGGAGGCCUCUGCAAAGACAGCGCAGAAUGUUGAGGAGGUAGGAAACAAUGCAGCUUACUGCCAAAGGGCUUAUUUUACUCAUUCAUUGUCUUCAACUUCAAAGUUGUCCAACAGGCAUUCAUUCGCACGGCUGCCACAAUUUACAAAAAGAUUCAGGAAGGUGUCUUUGAUGUGUCCAACGAGGUAACGUUUUUGCAUAUUUUAUUUCUCGAUAUUCUUUUAUCACUGAGGAUAAGGGGUCACCUAAUGUUUAAAGAGACAACUGCAACCUUUCAGAGCUUUCAUGGAAGAAAUGUCACCAUAGGGUGAGAGACAGGAAAAGCGGCUAUUUUGAAAGCUGAUUUUGAAAAUCAUGUGCUGCCUGAGUUGGAAGUGUGAGUAGGAUAUUAUCUUUGAUGGGUUUCAAGUGAAAGUUAAUCAACCGAAUCACGAAUUAAGUUGCAGCAGUAUGCCUUUCAGUUCUAAUCAAUGGAGAGCCCAUAGGAGUUUUUGAAAGUGUUCUAGUAGAGUCAAGCCUGGCGACCCAAUGACUCCUUUAUGUUUGUGGGUAUUGUCUUGAAUCUGAUCGACAUAUGGCAAACGCCAGCACGUAAAAUCCCUCCUCAAAGGCACAAAUUUUGGGGAAAUAAUUCUGGUUAAGUCGCAUCCUGCUUGCAUAUGAUCCUAUUUGAAGGAGAUGAUGAACAACAGGUCAGGAAUCUAAAAUAAAAUGUCCUGAAAUAAAUUGAGAUGACAAGAACACUGUCAUAGACUUCCCCAAUGACAAUAUUGUAGAGAGUUCAUGUCCGAUAGUUGGGUUUAAAAAGAGGGAUCAUUUCCCUAUCAGCUGUUUAGGAUGAAAGAUUGGUGGAUGAUAAUAUAAUUUGAAUGGCAACAAGUCUACUCGGGGGAUUAAACCAGGUUUCUAUUCAGGGGAGGUAGACGGAUUUGAAUCCGUCAUUCCUUCUCAGAACUCUCCUUAUACCAUUUUUUCUAUGGGCCAGAGAAUAGAAGGGAAAUGAUAUGGUUCUUACUAACUCGUCAGUGAACAAAACCUAAAGGAAGGGUUGUAGUAGGAUUGGUUCAGCUGGUACUUUUUUGUUACUUUCUCCUGAAUACAUUUACUGUUUUAUUAACGUUCGUGAGAAAUAAUUCACUGACAUUUGCCGCAGCUUAAUAGUCUUUGUGAAGCAGAUUUCACGUUCACAUGGUUACACUUUCUGGGAAGGUUCAUUUUGAAACUGAAAGUUUCUGAUUAAUAUAUGACAGAAUUUUUUUACUUUAUUGGGCAAAGGAAAAUCUCAACAGAAAUCAAAACUGAACUUGUAGACAAAAAAUUUAUGGAGCUGUACUGCAUGAGGAAAACUGCUGGGUGAAAACAUGUAGCGAUGUUCAUGAGGGUAGGUGCAGAAAUAUGGCGAAUGAAUCUCUUUUUGGAUGAAGAAUAAUCCUUCUAGAGUCAGACUUUGUAGAAAAUGUAGACCAUAAGAUUAUAUACAUGUGUGAUACACUGAGCUGAUUCAGCCGUGGUUCCCCUCGUCUUCCACUACUUAAUUUGAAAGGACGAGAUGGAAUCUGAUAUUGUCAGCUGUGCUUUUGAAACGUUUGGAGUGAGAAACACGGCACGAUUCCUACUCUUUGCACUGGGACUUCCAAGACACGAUGGAUGGUAUUACUAUCACCCUCUUAAUGCCUAUGAUUAAUUUCUGUACCAGAACUGUUUGGGGAGACGUGGUCAAUCCACAAGCUGGGCUAAUCAUACCAUUUAUAUCCAUCUUUAGCUCAUUAGCAGAAGAGGGAAGCAUUGGAAUAUUACAUUUCAUCCAUCUCAGUCAAAAAUGGAAAAACUCUCAGAAAACAGAAGCCGACUGAUUUCUCAUAUAAUCAGUAGAAUCAGUAGAUAUAUAUUCCAUUUAAUACAUCUUAGCUCAUUAGCAGAAGAGGAAAGCAUUGAAGUAGUUACAUUAGCUGACUCUGAUUUCUCGUAGAAUCAAUCGUGGAUUCGGAGGCAUGGCAUCUGAUGAAAUCUGGUGUUCUACUUUCCUGCCCACCAUUUCCACAAAUUUGGGAUAAAAGCCAGAUUAUGGCGGUUGACACAUCGCAUCUUCUUCUCACGUUUCUAUUUACCGUACACAAGUUCAUCUCGUUGACCCAAAGCAUGUGACAUCUCAUAACGACCAACGAUCGUCUCUUUCUCUCCAGUCCUCUGGGAUCAAGGUCGGCUAUGGAGGAAUACCCGGCUCGUCUGGUGGGGCCAGCGGCUCGUCAGCACCGGGAGGCGGAUGCUGCAGCUGA